AUGACCGAAACAACAGCUUUUUUCCGACAAGCUGCUGAAGCUUUGAUAGCCAUCAGUCUAAACAGUUCAAAUGUGGAUCCCACUAUUAAGGAGUUGCUCAGUCGUUUGAAAUACGUAGACUCGCAAAAAACCGUCACACGAGAGCCUCAACAGGUCAUUCCUCUCGAAAAUAAAAAUGUUCUCAACUAUUUCGACCAGCUUCUCAGUAACGCUGAUAUUGCCUCUUCAUCUGCAGAUGAGCUUUUACAUGCUUCGUCCGAAUAUCCAGGGAACAAGAAGCGGAAAAAGUCAGAAACGGCCGAAUCCAUGCGCAGGGACGACUCAAAGGAAAACAACUUCAGCAAUACCAAUAAUAACAAUAAUAAUAAUAACAGGACUCUCAAUACCAGUAGCACUGGAUCUGCUGACGAUGAGGCCAAGAAAUUCCCAUGCGCUAAAUGUGAGCUAGUGUUUAGACGGUCCAGUGAUCUUAGGAGACACGAAAGAGCACAUUUGCCAAUUUUGCCCAAUAUCUGUUCACUCUGUGGGAAAGGAUUUGCGCGUAAGGACGCACUGAAAAGACACUUCGACACUAUGACAUGCAAAAGAAACCGAGAAAAGCUUCUAAGUAUAGGUGGGGACAUAAACGAGAUUUUGGAAAAGGCAAGACUCAAUGGGGCCAAAGUAUGA